ACCCUUACUGCAUGUUGGGGAUCCAGCCGGGAACCAUGGCCUCGCCCCAGCCCUCAUCCCCCGGACCCCCCAGUCCCCGGGGGGCCAACUCCCGCGCCCUGUCGGAGAGCGGACUUGACCCCACGGACAAGCACGAGGGUCAUCACGAGAAGUUGAGGAAGCAUCACAGUUUCCGGCUGAGUUUCAAGCGGAAGGAGCGCAGAGAACAUCGUGACAGCUUGUCCAGCGCCGUGCCAGCCAAGUUCAUCAGGGCAACCACAGUCCGGCCUCAAACCCUCAACCCUCGCUGGAACGAGAAGUUUCGAUUUGACAUUGACGAUGUGGCUAGCGACAUUCUUCACUUGGAUAUAUGGGAUCACGAUGACGAGUCGAGCGUACUGGAUGCAGUCAGCAAGCUGAACGAAGUGCGAGGAGUCAAGGGUCUGGGGAGGUUCUUCAAGCAGAUUGCCCAGAGUGCACGUACGGGGAGUACUGAUGACUUCCUUGGCUGUGUAAAUGUGCCUGUUCAAGAUAUUCCGUCGACCGGACUGGACUGUUGGUACAAGCUGGAGGCACGCACGACCAGAUCCAACAUCCAGGGCAAGAUAAGACUGAAGCUGUGGCUGUCGACGCGGGAAGACCGGGGAACAAGUGAAGAGGACCACUGGUCCAACAUCCGACAGCAGGAACGUCUCCACUCUGUCUUCAUCGGCUACGAAAUGUCUCAGGCGACAGGACUUUGGAGUGGGGAGCUUCCACACGUUGCCCUGAGUAUCCUGCACCAACAUGCAAUCCAGGCAGAUAUGACAGAGCUGCAGUUGGCAACAGUGCGAUGGUUGGCGUACAGCCGUACCCAGCCAGGUGUGGACCCUCGUGUUCUGUACAAGUUGCUCACCACACUGGAGAACACCUGGCCUGUUGAAGUUCUGUCCAGGGAGGAAGAAGAAUGGUUGGCAAACUCGUUCAACAUAUUCCUUGACUAUUCUCUGCAACUGAUCAAGAAACACCGAAUUCUGUUCCCACCACACCAUCGACCUUCUAUGUCUCGGCUGGAGCACCUUCUCAGGUGCCUCGGUCUGCUGUCUUCGAUGAAGGCUUAUUGGAAGGUCUGUCCGUUCAAUAAAGAAGUUAGAGGAGAAAUCAUUCAGUCGGUGAAAAAAGGGACCCAAGAAUGGUACGAAGACCAGCAUAAAGGUAUGGCAGGGAUACGGGCAGAUCCGGAUACUCGUAUUCUAGCUCUGGUCAAACUGAUAACAGCUUUCAUCGUGGAUCUGCAACAAGGCAUCGACUACUACAAUGGACUAUUCGAGAGCACAAAUGGAGUCCCAUACUUCAACACCACGUACAAACAGCUGGAGAGAUUGGUGGUGAAUGACCUAGGACCGGAAAUCUCAACUCUAUGUCAGCAGCUGAAGGUGACUGAGCUGGGGGUCGAGCCUCCAAACUUGCCCCCAGGCGCCGAGGUCAGCACUCCGAUAUUCGAACUGUACUUGUCGGUUCAGGAGUUCAUCUGUUUCAGAGAACAGUUGCCUGAGUACAAGGCACUCUCAGUUCACAGUUACUACGAGUGGUUCGAGCCAGCCGUCGACAAGUGGCUUGACUUGGCAAAGUUCAAGGCUCUCAACCGAAUCAAGAAGGCUGCGGAACUGAAUCGGUUCUGCUCCGGAGAUUACAUUGUGAAACACAGCACCUCUGCCGUAGACACCAGUGCCUGUUUUUAUCAGUUGAAAGAGUUCUGGAAGCAACUGGCUUGGCCAGAUAUCAUUGGUUCGUACAACCUGGUGGUUAAACUUAUAGAUUGUAUAUGCAGUGGUGCCAUCUACUACGCACAGCUGACCCAACAGAAACUACAAGACACAGGGUACUACGAAGACAGUGCACCCUUCAGGAUGUCAGACGAGAUGUGUGUGGCCAUGAACGACCUGGAGUACGUGAGGCGCAGUCUCAGUCUGCUCCCUGACGAGCUGCAGGUGGAAGCAGUCCUGGACGCAGUCCGAGCUGCAGGAGAUCACUCCACACAGUGGCGGGAUAACAUUCAGGGUCUGUUAGACUCUGCCACCCACCAGCUCAACUCCGACAUAUCCCUCAUCAUCAACAGGAUUGGGGUCAAGAUGCGGCCUGCGUUGAAGAAAGCCAUGUUUCAUUUAGCGUGGUCCCCCGACUCUCUGCCUACAAGUGAUGCCAUCUCGCCCCUUCUGGAGUACCUGGACUCUCACCUGAUUGCUCUGAAUGCUGCACUGCUGCCACGGAACUUUGAGCGCGUGUUGAGUCUUGUGUGGGACACUUGUGUGACAGAGCUCGCUCACCAGAUGGAUGGCCACUCGCAAGACAAGAUGCCUGGCUUCUACGAUCGUCUUUACGAGGCCCUCGAUAUCCUAGCUGAGUUCUUCCACUCAGACGGAAAAGGACUGGGACUUGACGGGCUGAAAACUGAUGUAUACAGAGGUGUGGAGCAGAGGUUGGGCUACCAUAAGACUGAAACGGAACAGUUGGUUCACAUGUACCACUUGGAGAGGCUGCAGGACCAGCUGACCACGGAGAGUACACAGUACGGUGUGUUAACUGUCAGGGCAUACUUCCACCAUGACUCUCUGUGUGUGGAGGUUCUUAAUGCCAGGGACGUGAUACCCCUAGACCCUAAUGGAUUCAGUGACCCUUUUGUGAUCGUAGAACUACUGCCGAGAAAUCUCUUCUCUCACUGCGCCGAACAAAUCACAAACGUGCAGAAGAAAACUUUGAACCCUCUGUUCGAUGAGUGUUUUGAGUUCUCGGUGUCGCUGGAUCAGUGUCGGGCGGACGGAGCCAUGGUGGCCUUCACUGUGAUGGAUCACGAUGUUCUCACGGCCAACGACUUUGCGGGGGAGGCGUUUCUCUCCUUGGGCAGCAUUCCCGGCGUGAACAGUGCUUGCAGUGCUGACAACUUCCACGGCCUCAAGCAGCUUGAGCUGCCCCUCAUGCAUCAAAAGAACAGAAAUCACCCGAUAUUACAAACGCUGGAACUCCGGACUUGGGACAAGCUGGCACAAGAUUUUGUCAAGAAACAGAAACAACGGAUUGCGACGUCCUAGUCCAUCUCACUCACUCUGUGCCUUUACUUCUUGCAUAUGAUGGAAUGCUACCAUCGCGUCUAUCCUCUACAUAUCUGCAGAGUCUACUUCGCUCUCUCCCAGUCUCAGGGAGCUGCUGUCAGCCAACAAUAAGCUGUAUAUGAGUCGGUGUUGAUCGGUCAUGUCAUGUCAUGUCAAAUGUUUAUGUAAUGGUAACAAACGGUGUCAAAUGGUAACUUGGUCGUGGUGUUGAGUGUUGUUGUGAUCUUCCUGAACCUUCUAUCUCUUGUCAAUUAAUGGACGUUGUUCAGUUUCAUUCCACGAUGGUUUACCGUUCCACCCUGUUUUUUGUAUUAGUAGCAAGAAAAAAUCAUUUAUGGUGACCACCACAUUUAAAAAAAAGUUGAUUAAUAAUAUAAUCACUUCAAAUCUCAUUAUAAAGUUUAAAACAAGAUGUAGUCUCUAUUAAAGUUUAAAAUCCAACACAAAUGAAGGCUUAAGUCUGUAGCCUGUCAAGAGAAAUCAGUGGGAUAUUAAAUUUUACUCUUUUUAAUGAUUAUGUGUCAAAAAUUUAAUACUGAAACAUAGUAAUAAAUUUUCAAGGAACACAGGACACCACAAAAAUUAUAAAAAGUGUGUAAAAAAAAGUACAUUAUCUAAUCCAAUAUAAAAGCUGUCACGUGAUUCCUAGUCAUGAUUAUUGGCUUGUGUAUGGCUGACAUGUUAUGACUUUCCAGUACUCGCCAAGGUACCGAGCUUGCCAGAGUCCGUGCUCGUUUUAUUGUUGUUGCCAUGAAAGUGUUAUGAAAUAACAGAUCAAUGACUUAAGUCUGUACGUUUAAAUUACUGACAUAGUUAUGAAAUAUCUUUCACCAAAGCGAAUAUUUUUUAGGGUUUAAUGCGUUUCUUUCAAACUGAGAUAUUUAGCUAAAAAUGAUAACAGAGUUUCUUGAAGUUCUCCCUCAUACGUUAGUAAUUCCUUUAGAAUUUGUACCUAAAUUCACAGAAAAUUAAUGUUGAGUUAUUGCAGAGUAAUUUCUUUAAAUUUGCAGGUUUUUUUUGUAAAAACGAUAAAAAUAAGCACAACAGAAUCAGUUAUUGCCGAGUAAUUUCUUUAAAUUUGCAGGUUUUUUUGUAAAAACGAUAAAAAUAAGCACAACAGAAUCAAUAACAGCUGUAGGAGUCAUCAAUAUAGUUUAAUAUUCAGACUGGUUGCCUGGCUGUUUGUCUUUCAUUUUGUACAUAUGACUCAAUGGAUGUAGCUAGCUAGCAUUAACAAAAGCUGCCAUUUUAAGAUAAUUUGUGUAUUUAAUAAACAAAACCUGCAGAGGAUAUUACACUCUAUACGCAUUGUUUAACCCUGAGUGGAAGACUUCAUUUUUGACGAUGAAUAUUAAAUAAUAUAUUCAAGAACAGUAAACACACAAUAGCACGACUUUCGGAUAACGUUGCUAUACUUAACGGUAAUAUGACUUUGAAUUUUUUAUUUGUUAAUCUGAAUUAAUUGUUCACACAAGCAGGGCCUAACUCUGGUUUGGCGGGCCUUGGAAAAGAUAUUCGGCAGGGCCCCGUCAUGUCCCGACGUAAAUAAACUGAUCUGUGAAAUAAAUCUCUUAAAAUCCAAACAGUAACAGGUACAAGCUUAGUAGUGUGAGUUUUUGUAUUUAAGGAUGAGAUGUAAAAUGAUUUAAAAUUUAUUGUUAGCAGAGAAUGGAUUUUCUUUCAUUAACUCCUACUGAUUUUUAACACUGAACAAUUUUCUUGACCUUAAUUUCAGUAUCAUGAAUGUGGUGGACACCAGUAUUUUAUGUAUACACUAUUCAAGUGCGCACAUAAACCUUAAUUACAAUUAAACUUAAUUGCUCAGAAAGAAACAUAUAAAUUGUUAGUGACAUUGGGCCAACUUUUGGAAUCGAAGCUAACAUUUUUUAAAUUAGAAAAUAAAACCAUUGAUAGAGAUUUGAUAGUGAAAAACCAUCUUCAAGAUCAUGUACUAUUGUUAAAGUCCUAGAAAGUUGUUGGGAAAAUACAAGGUAUGGCUAUAAAAGAACCGGACUAAGGAAGAAAACAAAUUUUACUUGAAGAUAUUUACAAUUUGAUGUUAUCCCCUGCAACGUAUUCCCCUCCUCGAUCUCUACACUGCCCCAUGUGAAUUUUCCACUUUACGUAAAAUACUUCAGAUCAUUUACCGUAACUCUGUUCAUGACAUGAUCAUAAGAUGAUUUAUCUUGUGUAAUCAUAAGAUAUACUUCCCUUGCUUUUUCUUUUACUGCUUCAACAGUCUCAAAUCUCGUUCCUUUCAAAACUGACUUGACUUUAGGGAAUGACUUGCAAUCAUUGAAUAUAUUUGCUUUGGAGGAGACACCCUAGACAACGAAGCUAUAUCUCACGUACACAAAGAGUGUGAAUUCUAACCAUCUCAUAGCUGCUUAUUUUAUUUUAACCUUAUCAACAAGUAAAGAGCUGAAAUCAACUUGAGGUGUCCUUGAUAACCUAUUUUCAAGGAUUAUUCCCUAGAUAUUUAGCCCCUUCAACCCCAGUGAGUUCUGGAAAAUAAGACAACUCCUCUUCAUCAAAGAGUAGUAUGUCGGGUUUUCUUAGCGUUUAGAGCAAGAUGGUUCUUUCCAGUAUUGUUUAGCCAUAUUGAGUGCCAAAAAGGACUCAAUUUCUUUUGCCAGGUUUCCUGUUUCUAUGCACAAGCACAGUAUUGUUUGCAUGCAUAAGUGACUCACUGAGGCCGUUAAGGUAGGAUGGGAAGUCACUGACAGAGUAUGUAUAAGAUGGGUCCUAAGACUAAUCCUUGUGGAACUUCUCUUUGAACGGACAGUUGGCAUGAUAGCUUGUUUUAGUUGCCACAUCACAGGUGGUUUUCUAUGUUUCAAAUAACUACCAAAGCACUCCGAUGUUCUACCUUUUAUUCCUAUGACUUCUGGUUUUCUACUCAUCAUUUUGUUACAUAUAAAAAUGCUUCGCUGUACGAACACUGCUAUUGCAUAUUUUUUAUACCAGGAUACAUGUGAACUAAUGAGCAGUGCCGUAGCCAGAUUAAAUUUUUUGUAGGGGGGGGCUAAUGUCUAAAAAAAUGUUUAUCUUUUGGACAUUUUAGUGCUCAAAAUUAAAGUUUUAGGUCUAUCAAUUUUAGUUAAAUAAAAAUUGUCUGCUCAAAUAAUUCAUAAAAGCAAAGGUAUUUAAGAAACGCGGCCAACAUUUUUUAGAUUUGUGUUCUUAACUUACCAGUAAAAAAUUAUUGUUAGGGACACUAAUAUAUUAUAAAACAACUCAAAUGAAGUCAGUUUUAUAAAGGAUAUAUUUUGAAUUUUAUAAUGGAAAUUAAUACAGUUGAUGUUGAUGUAGUGUGAUUUUCUGUUUAUUACUUUCACCAUUAGUCUAGAUUAAACAAUUAUUUCUCGUAAUCUGUUCAAUAGUUGUCAUAUAGUACAGCAGAAAAAGUGGCUACACAAAUGAAAUUAAUUGAUUAAUUUGAGCUGAUUCUCAGAACUUUAACCCCUCAGUAACAAUCUAUAGUCUAUGGCAAUGUGCAGGCCACAUUUUUCAAAUUCUCUUACUGUAUAUAGAUAUAGGCAACUAUCACUCCAGUAACAUAAUUUUUAUUGCGUCUCCUUUUAGUUUAAAUAAGUUUUCCUUUGAUUGCUCUAGAAUUAAUAAUGUUAGGAUGAUUUGUGGUGAAUUUGUUUCCAGAGAUAAAAUUAUUUCUAGUCAGUUUGAGUUACAGGUGAAAUUAAUAUUUGGCUUCCCAAACUUUUAAACGAUUCCCAAGACAUUUUGAUAUUUUUGAUAUAUUUUUUGGCAUACAUAAGGGGGAUGAGGGGGCUCGAGCCCCCAUGAAAUUUUGAGAGGCAAACAUUAAAAUUGUACCCAUUAGUUUGUUUUAAGCUAGAACACUUGAGGUCCUAAAGCUCAACAAUUUCCCAAGGCAAUAUUCCCAAGCCCCUAUAUUUGGAGGAUAUUUUGUACUUCCUUAACCACCCACUGUCUCAGUCCCCUUCCCUCCGAAAUAAUGUUCUAUAUACUCCACUGUCACUCCAAUGGACCAAUGUUUACUAUUUUCAAUUUGGCCUGUGAUAUUACUUCUUUACGUUUAAUAUUGUUAAGUUUGGAUUACCAUUAAAUUUUAACUUUUGUUUUAUAAUUUUAAGAAUAUAAGUCGUCACUAGCAAAUAUAAUAUAUAUUAUUGUUACAUUGUUGAUUAGUUUUUAAUCUGUAUUAUUAUAUAUCUUGUUAAUUUUAUGUUUUGAAUUUUCGACAACCAUAUGACGCUUUCCUCUCUUUAUCUAAGUUAAUAAAUUAUGUAAGUAAGUUUUCAAAUUGUUCGCAAUGUUCUUGUUAAUUUUAUAACAGUUUUAUAGUGUUGAAAUUUGUUGACUCCGUACGGCCAAAUAGUUUGACAUAGUUUAUUGUAACUUGUGUUGAUUAUUGACUAAUAAAGAUAUCUUGAAUCUUUGAUGUAGAGGUAGAGUUUCACACCAAAUUUUGUCACAAGUUAACUCGUUCAAAAGCUAUCGUGCGUAUAAACGUACACACAACAAGACAUAAAUCUGCUUUCAUCAUCAGCUUAUGAGAGGGACUUCACUAAACGCUUAGCCAAUUGAACUUUGUGUGGCUAAUUUUAAAUUUAUGAAUAUAUUUAAGGACACAACAUUUUCCAACCAUUGUGUGGUGGAGGUUUAUCUUUGUCAGGCAUUUUAUGUGGAAGCUUUUUUCUAUCCUUCUGCAGUUGGUCUACUCCUGUCACCCUUCUUGCUUAGUUUAAGAUCUAUUCCACCCUUUAUUCU